AUAGCACCAUGGUUGUAUUUGAGACAUUUACGCGGCCAGAGAGGGCAGUCAUAGCGGUAGCUCUAUUGGCGCAUGCAGAGGAACACAGCAGUUGCCUAGCGGAUGGCUUCUGACUCUAGUGUGCCCCAUCAUGGAAUACAAACCCAGCCACUGAUGGCGCGUUGAAAUCUAAGGGAGUGCUUCUCAUGACUACAGGCACCAGCAUUAAUGUGGCUCGGAAAUAACGGCGCUGUCCAUAGCUCGCUGGAAACAGGGUUUAAUCCCUCGCACAUGCAUUGCAUGAAUUGGCCUGAGCUAUAAGAUCUUGUUGCAUUAGGUUGCACCGCACUGGAGGGAUGGCUGCAGAUGCAGGAGCAGACCUCCGGAGCUGCCAGGGCAAGUCUGUGCUCUAUUGACUCGAUCUAUGCUCGAUGACGAAAGAAAGCAUACAUGGUGUCAUAGGGGUGCGGAUCUAUUGCCCCAAUAAGUCUCGGCCAUGGCAAAGAGGCUUUGGAUUAAGCCCCUGGGUACGUAUCUUCGGCUCUAUCUACGCGAGGCAAAAGUCUACUACGAAGUGCGGGGUUUAUCUUGUAUUUUGCUUGCUGCUAUCGGGGCGGAUGAAACUGAAACGUAGAACCGUAUCACCUGACAGGCCCUGGUCUAUUUUCAGACUAUCCCUCGUUUUUGGUUACACCGUUUGAAACAUGUCCAUACUUUAAGUGAUGAACCUUCCCGUCUCGCUUCGUUCACUCAAGUGCAGAAAGACAUGUUUCAGCCUCGAGUAAAGGUUGGCACAGACCGUAUACCUGACGAGUAACCUCGUAUACGGCCUGAGACAGUCUUGUUUCUCGCUUGACCUAUUAAAAAAGGUUGCUAAGGAGCUAUCAGCUCCUAUCAGUU